AUGGUGACUGGGUCGGAACAAGAGUCGAAAGAGUCUUCUGGACCGAUUGGCGACAGUGAGAAUGGCAGCUAUAGAAACUCGUCUUCCAGAGGAACGAGCUCGCUGAGCACGUCGUAUAUGGCGAUUCAAGUUAACAACAUUGACUGCUAUCAGAAAGCACCCAGUUCGCUUGAUAUGGAUAAAUACACGGACAUGCGAUCUGAUAUAACGCUACCGCAGGUUCCUGUGAUACGGAUAUUUGGAACCACUUCAACCGGUUAUAACACACUUGUUCAUGUCCAUGGAGUUUUCCCGUACUUUUAUAUUCGCUACAAGGGUGGAACGAACCCAGAACAAGGUGAGUACAGAUAA